CAACUACAAGCGCAUUUUUUUUGUUGCUGUAAGAAAAUUAAAACAAAGCAAGAAAAAAAUAACGCAAUAAGAGAAAGGUACAAAAAUUAAAUAAAUAAUUGUGGAAAAAACGCAAAGAAAACUUAAAAUUAUAGUGAAAAACAGUUAUUUUAACAGAGAAAUUAUAAAAAAAAUUACAAUUGCUACUGCACAAAUAACAAAAUUAAAGGAGAAUAUGACACCAGCGCAUACUGAUUCUCCUUUAAGGCGUUCCGAGGUGGGUGUAUUUCGUGAUGGCCAACAGAAUGUGACCAUAAACGAUGAUGAAGAGGAGCGACGGCAGGCCAGAAGAAGAACGUUGCUGGCAGGAAACAGUACAGGCGAGUCGUCAACAUUUGAAGAGAAUGAGACUCUUAAAAAAUGUCUCGAAAUCUAUAAUGGCAAUAAAUUGAGCAAGGAAAAUGCUUGGUCUCUUUCGCUUAUAGACACAUUGUCCACUUUGCUAGAAAGGCAUCAUAAAUCAUUAAAUAAUUUUAAGGUGGCUGGUUCCUCUUUGGAGGCUUCUUCUAAGGUUUAUAGUUUAAGAGUAGAUUCUAUACAUUCAGAUGUUUUACGUAUGUCUGCGGGUCUUAAUGCACAAAAGUAUAAAGAGAAACCCAUAGAUGAUGACGAUAGUGAGGUCGAAAAUGAAGUGGCCACUGGAGGUGAUGGCAGUAAUGAUCCAAAUGCUAGUGCCGCCGGAUUGGAGGGAGCUGAAAAACAGGCGGCAAAACCUAAGCCCAAAAAGCAGCGAAAAAAUGUUUCAACGGUAACCAAAAACAAGGAUACUUUAAAUGCCCGUUUGGAUACGGUACCCCUGCAAGAUCCUGUUUUUGGCAAAUUAAAUUCUAUAGUGGGCUCCAUUAACUCCUCCAACAGAUUAAUGAACAAUAUAUUACUCACCACUGAAUCAGAAUUGCGCUUGCGUACCACAUUUCUUAUAUGGGACAACAAGGUAAUGCCCAGUUGUGAUUAUACGGAAGAGGUGGAUUUGCAUACAGAUAAUGAUGCAGAAUUGGCACCAUGUGAUAGUUUGUUUAAAAUGAAGCGACCCGAGGAUAUACAACUGCGUCCGCUACAUGGUGGUUAUGUUAUAACCGAUACACCGGAGGAUAAAGAUGAGGACGAGGACAAAAAUUCUAGACUGAACAGUAUACAAUCAGACGACGAUGAUGGUCCACCGGGUUGUGAUGAUAUGAUGGGUGGUGGUGGUGGUGAUAACGGUGGGGAUGCAUAUGAAAUGGCGCCCUUUGCCAAUGCCAAUGAGGUGGGCAUGGCUUUCGACAUCAAUGCCGAAUGUGAACCCAUGCCCAUGUUGAGUGAACAAGUGCCAAUAAUGGAUAUCAAUUAUGAAGAAUUGGAUGAUUUGACAACAGAGGAACGUACCGCCAUCAAUCAUUGUCGUGGUCUGCGCAAAAAACCCAUACUUAUCGACGACUUGCGUCCAGUGGAUGCAACGUCCAAACUCGAAUACUCCUAUCGACCUCUCGACAAAAUCUCACAAUUUUGGGCUGGUCCCUCGCAUUGGAAAUUCAAACGUGCUCGCACUACACGCACCAGCUUGGCCGUCCAGCAACAGACCGAAGGUACAGCUGGUCGUGCUCUAAAUCAAAGAGGGAAACGAACUAAAAAAGCUUUGGACAAACACAAGUCGAAACAAUUGAAAUUUGGUGAAUUUCACGAUGAGCUCUUUCUGAAAUACGAUGACAAGUUCAAGAGUCGCAAGGCGAAUAUACAAAAGAAAUGGGAUCAGCGUAAACUGAAGCUGCCGGUAGAUUUGCAAUUGGAUAUGGAUAGAUUUUUCUAUUACUCGCUGGCGCCUGGCCUGCCGGUACAUGUAAAGGGCAUGGACUAUGGGGGCGUAACAAUAUGUGAUGGUUCCGAGGAGGACACUUUGCAAAAUAACAUGGAUCAUAUGGCUGCAGAUGAUCAUCAUUUUGGUGGUGACGAUGACGACGACAUGAGGCACGAUAAUAUGCCCCUGAAUGAGGAAAAUCAAGGCAAUGUGGUGGGUAUGGAGGUGGACGAUGAAAAUACCAAUAACUUUGCCCAACAUGAGGGCAAUGGCAAUGAUACCAUAUUGGAGAUAGCCACCGAUUAUGAGGGUGCCCCCACACAAGUGACCAAGAUUAUUGUACCUUUCGCCAAACGGGCCAAGGUCAUUGAUAUGAAAAAUCUUAAACGUAGUUGUACAGUAUUGCUCACCAAACAGCUUAAACAACCGUUUGUGGACCAAGAACUGCCCCAACAUCCUAUACCCAAGCAGGAGGACUACCAAGAUGGUGUGGCCAGUUUCCAUGAAAUCUAUGAACAUCUGCCCGAAUUGCUGUCACAAAACAUGACCGCUGCCCUCUCCACCUCCAUAGCAUUUUACUCUGUAUUACAUUUAGCCAAUGAUCAUAAUCUGCGUUUAAUACCUCAACAAGAUCUGAAAGAUUUCAAAAUACGCAAAGUGGCGGGAUAGUUUUGACUCUUAAAUUUUAAAUUCUAAAUAUUUUUUCUAUAUUUUUUUUUUAUUUUUACAAUAAACUUUUAAAUAAUAUUUGUUUUGAAUUUUUAAAAUGCAAAUAUAUAUUUUAAUAAAAGCUUAGAUUUGAAAUUAAUAGUAGUUAUUUAAAAUUUGUUAAGUUAAUAAUGAUUAAAAACUAAAAACGAACGUAAAACUAGGUAUUUUAAGACACAAUUUUGACAAAAGUACGCCAAAUUAAUGAAAUAAAAGAAAAAAACACAAUUUUAACUUUAAAA